UCGGAAGAGGUAAUGUACGAAAAUGUGGCCUGUGCACACGUAAGAUAACGGCAACGGAGGAUGAAGGGAUGUUUGGUAAGGCAGUGUCCAGGUGGAGUCUAUUGUUUUGGAAUGAGGCUAUGCGUUUAUUGAUUAAGGGCUACUGCCUACUGCUCUGGUUCUGCUCUUCACUCUCGUUCACUCUUAUUCACUCACUCACUCCCAAACGAACCAAGGUCACACUGGACGGCACUUCAUCUUUUCUUCGUCGGCGUCUUCAGGGACACAUACACGACCAUACAAAGGCACUCUUCGUCCUCACUCUGUCAACUUUACUGCAUCCAACUGGUUUCUCUACCAUUGUUAUACACGUCCCAGACCUCGUCUAGCGUGGCAAGAGUCGAACCGCUACCCAGCAUCCACCGCAGAGGCACUCUCAUCGAAAUUCCAAGAAACCACGUCCAGAGUCAUCCAAGUCAUGGCUUUCUCAUUCACAGCUGCAAUCGUCCUCUUCACGAUCCUUAAUACCACAACCGCCUCUCCCCUCACGAAGCGCGACGCCGGCUACGCGAUCCCCGAGGGCGCCAUCAUCGUCCUCAUCUUGGCCGGCGCGGGGUUGCUCGUCUGCAUGGGUUACGCUAUACAUAAGACCUUUGGAUUCCGAAAAAAUCCCAAUGAGUUCAGACAUAUCAGCGCGGAACAACAAGAGUACAUGGCCGAGGUGCGGGUCAGGAAUAUGCAAGGACUGAUGGUGGAGGGUGCGAGGAGUCAUAGGGGUGGUCCCAGGAGGGGGGAGGUGGUUUAUGAUUAGAUGACGGGUCAGAGAAUUGGAGGCAGGUUGGUGUGAAG